GCGGCCACGUGACCCACCGUGGGGCCGGCGGCCCAGAAAUAGCAGCGGCUGCGGUCCCGCCCGCGGGCCGCCCGAGGGAAAGGCGGAGACUGCAGGACGCUCGGCGCGGCCCGGGUCUCGGCCCCGGCCCCGGAGGAUGCUGAGCCCCUGCUCGAAGCGGCCCCGCGCUCAUGAUGGCGAUACGAGAGCUCAAAGUGUGUCUUCUUGGGGACACUGGAGUUGGGAAAUCAAGCAUUGUGUGUCGAUUUGUCCAGGAUCACUUUGACCACAACAUCAGCCCGACCAUUGGGGCGUCUUUUAUGACCAAAACUGUGCCUUGUGGAAAUGAACUUCAUAAAUUCCUCAUCUGGGACACUGCUGGUCAGGAACGGUUUCACUCACUGGCUCCCAUGUACUACCGUGGAUCCGCUGCAGCUGUCAUCGUGUAUGACAUCACCAAGCAGGAUUCAUUUCAUACCUUGAAGAAAUGGGUGAAAGAGCUGAAAGAACAUGGUCCAGAAAACAUUGUGAUGGCCAUUGCUGGGAACAAGUGUGAUCUCUCAGAUAUUAGGGAGGUUCCCUUGAAGGAUGCUAAGGAAUAUGCUGAGUCCAUAGGUGCCGUGGUGGUUGAAACAAGUGCAAAAAAUGCUAUUAACAUUGAAGAGCUCUUUCAAGGAAUCAGUCGCCAGAUCCCACCGUUGGAUCCCCAUGAAAAUGGAAACAAUGGAGCAAUCAAGCUUGGGAAGCAAAGCGUGCAAGCCAGCCGGCGAUGCUGCUGACCCUGGGCUGUGCCCACUGUGCUUGAAGCAAGGGCCUCCGUGCUCGGCGGCCUGGCACCCCACUUAAGGAGAAGUGAACAUGCUAGCUUUUCACUCUGAAAGACCAGGAAAGGGGGCAAGAGCUGUUCCCAGAAAAGGAUUUUAGAAAACUCUGGAAAAACCCAUCAUACUGCUGCAAAGUGGCCAUUAGUGUGUUAGAUGCACACUGGAGGGAACGGAUAUUUGGUAAACAUUAAACUGAGUGUUUUGUUAAGCCUUAAGAUGUUCUCCCACUGUACAGGAGUCUUACUGGCUUGUGUGUGAGAUUCUAAAGUGGAAUUCCAUUCUGACUUCCUAUGUUCCCUAGCCAAAUUUCAGUAACUUCUUCAGUGCCAUUGCCUUCAUUACCUAACCAGCCUUCACCUGAGCCUAACCAAAAAGGUUGAUUUAUUUUACCUUUCCGUGGAGGAUAAUUGGAUUGAGCUAUCAUAAAAGUGGAGAAAGAUAAUGUUAGCGUUGUCUACAUCUCUGAUUUUUACUUGAUGAACAUUUUACCAAGCAUUGGUCAUAUACAAACAAACCACAUCUGACUAUUGUAUAUAAUUUUAGGAUUGGAAGACCUAGUUUGCAAGUCAUUUAAGCAGUUACUAUGUGAACAGUGGCAGAUUUAGGAUAUAAAGAUUAUUCCAGAGACUUCCUGGCAUGCAAGUCCUCCAUGAUAAUAAAUUCCUAGUUUCUUAGAAAAGUUUAAUGCACAGAGUAUUAUUUUACUAAAAGAAUAUGUCAUAAUGUCAUUUCUAGGGGGAAAAAAUAACUGCAAUAGCCCAGAUUGUAGGGCAAACGUUUAACAAUAGCAAUGAACGGUAGGUUGCAGGAAAACCAGCCAUAGGAAGUACCAGAACCUUAAGAUCCUACCCGCUGGAAACUCCAAAAUCAGAGAACAUAUUUAAGGAGAUGCCAAGCUCCAGGAAGUGUAGGUAUUUGGGCAAAGGUCCACUUCUGGAGUGCCAGUUAACUGGGCCUUGAUAAAAUCUUCCUUUUCAGCCGCCCUUUUCGCUCAGUUAAUUAAAAAUGUCUGAAUCCAAGGCAAGAAAAGGCAGUGAGAAGAGGAAGAGCUAGUUCCAUUCAAAACCCAAAUCCUAUUACCAUAAAUGUUCAUUAAAGUGUCCAUGAAAACCUGGGAUCAAGAAGCAGUUGGUUUUCUGUUAGGCUCCUAUAGGUGAUUCUUAAAGAACAUUCAGGUCAGUGACUUUUGGGAGGUGUGGGAAGCUGCAAAAGGACAGCUUUGUGAGUGGUUAACCGUGCAGUGUGGUAACAAGGCCAGGAGGUGCUUUCUUUGAAGGAACUUGCAAGGGCCAGCAAACAUUUGUUGAAAAGCUGUAAUAUAAAAACCAGGGAAGAGACUGUAAGCUGAUUAAAUGCCUGGAACUUUCGGUAACAGACAAAUGAACUGUGCUUCAGAGUCCUGUCUUGGCGGCACCCACCAUGCUCCAGACCAGUAGACACAGAGUUCAUCAAGGACAAAAGGCCAGAGUCAUUGAGAGACCACUGCCAUGUUUACACUUUUUCAUGUGGACAGUGGGCAAGAAAAUAGCCAGGUGGGAAUCACAGAUUCCGAUUUUUAUUUCAAAAAUGUGCUGUCAAUUUGAUGUUCUGUCAAUUUCUUACCACUUCACCCAGCUUUCAAGAGUAGUUUGACAAUCUUAGAAUGUGAAGUAUUUUUGGUUUGAGUGCCUCUUAACUCCCCCAGAUAGGUACCUCAAAAAUGGUUAGCAACUGGCAUUUGGAUGUCUUGGCUGGGCCUUGGCGGGGAUUUUUAGGCUUUGCUCUAUAUUGUCAACAUUACUGGCUAAUGUAAUUCUGCUUGCAGGCCAAGCAAUUGUCAUACAUCUUUCCAAAGAUUAAAAAUUGGGGUUGACAAAUGAAAUGACCUCUUCCCAAGUGACUGGCAGGCUUAUUUUAGAACCUUUACUUAACCAGCUGUUCCUGAGAAUCUGGGUUUAUUUGGAGACAGUGCUCAGGUUGUCUGGCUAAGACGAACCUCUUUCCAGCAGGGUUUUGAAUGUUGGGCUGGGUCUUCAGUGGUUGCCUCUUGCCUCUUGAUGGUAGCCACAUGCAAUGAGCUGCCCACGAAUGAGCCCAUGGUUUUAUUUUAGAAGCAUAUGAGGGUGUGAAACACUCUUAUUUCUCUGUAUGACCUUAUGUAUGGAAGCCGGCUAGAUGACUAUACAUAAAAUCACUAUGGGACACAAUCGGUGAAGAGAGAAUAAUAUGGUCACACAUGUAUUUGCAUAAACUUGGAAACUUUUCUAAAGAGAGAUGCUUGAGCCUUGUCCACAAUGAUGGUUUCUUGUUUUCCUUUAUUUUGCCUUGAGUUUACUUUCUGACUGUUCUAAUAAUUGAACUAUAAUCACCUAAAAGUAUAUAAAACUUGGAAAUUACUAUUGUUCCAAAAUGUCACGUAGUUUAAUGGAAUGUAGCAUCCUUUACAACCUUCCAAAAUGUGCUCCUUUUCCUCCAUUUUCUUUUCUUUCCCGUGGGUAUGUAUGUGUACAUCUGUAAAUAUGAUUUCGUAUUUGUUAUGCCAACAUAUAAUCCAUUUGGCUCAAGACUACGUGUUAAAGUAAUGUAGGCAUGAAUCUUCCCAGGGAUUAUUUCCCAAGGCAAUCCUUGUGAUGGGAGCAGAGUCAUGCGAACAGUCUAUCUAGGUACAUAAUUGACUUGCCAUUUUAUAACUGAAAAUGGUACAUUAGGGUGCUGAAUAUGACGUUACUUGCAGACUACAGGAGGUUAAAAGACUGAAUCUAACCUUUAGCCAACAAAAGAGCUGUGCCCCAGAGAGAUCUGAAUGCAUUUUCUGAGCGAAGUUUGGAUGACUGAAAGGUUUCCUUUAAGACCUAGGACCCACCAACCGUAUGGUUGGUGAUGGAUAAAAUCAGUGGGGUUUAGGGAGCUCCACUUCUCACUGCUCUGCAGUGCCCAAGGUGAAUUGAAUAUGAACUAUCUUAUGAACUAAAGAGCUCUGGCCUGUUAGACAGCUUUUUAAUCUCUUAACCAUCAUUGUUGAAACCAGAGCCAAUGUCAGUGCUCUGUUGUGUAAAUUCCUCCUUUUCUCAUAUUUUUAUAAAGAGCUUCUGUCUGGGCUGGACCCAGUUUGUGCAAUAGAAAACACCACUGCAGACUGUUAGGACCUUUCCUCCUGCCUUCUGUGCUACAGCAUUGCCCUUGGCGACACCCCGAUAUAUCUGUUGUUGGUUUAACACACACUGAUUCAUACUAAUAAAUAUUUUAAGUUUUACCAAGUUUGUCUUUUUCUUAUUAUAAU